AUGAUGACAUGUUAUCCAACAGACCUCUGCUCCUUCAGCGCGCUCCUGCCGUCCACGCGCGCGCGCUACGCCGCCCUGGUCGUGUAUGCGCCGCUCGGCUUCGUAGUCGCGGUAGUGCGGCUGCUCCUUUGCCUGCUCGUCGCUGUGACCCAUCUCGCAGUGGCUCCGUUCCUGCCACCAGCAGCACGCGCAAUUUUGGAAUCCGCAGCCGUCCGAGCGAUGACUCUCAUCGGAGGCGUCCGCAUCCGCCUGCAGACGCCUGGCGGCGCUGCUGCGUCGCCGCGAGUAGCAGAGAGGCUGCGACACGCCCGCGUCGUGGUCGGCAACCACGUGACGCAGUUCGACAGCCUAUUCCUCCGCGUGUGGUGCGGCGGCAGCCUCGCAGUUCCCGUACGAGAGACGUACGCCAAGAGCGGGUGGCUCCUGCUUCACCUCACUCGCAUGGUGGUGUCGCCAAUCUGGGCGCUCAUCGCGGCGGAGCUCGGCGUGCCGGCGACGCGGUGGAGCUCGGCCGACAAGGCAGAGCUCAAGCGGAGGUACGGCCUCCUCUAA